GUCAUCCGCAAAAGCGACGGCUCCGUAUUACCUAUAGCACGUGGCUAUCAGCCACCGAAGGCGGACAACCUUGGUCAAGUCGUGGUUCCAGGGGCGCUGGUGUCGUGCAACCUCGAUGCCGUUGGCAUAUGCAAUCCAGUUCUGGGAUCCAGGACCAUUGUGCUAUCUGCGAAGCCGCUGCUCCUACCGGACACCGAUACGAUUCAACAGCGUCUGCUGGUGAUCGUUAUGGACUAUUCCGCCUGCCGCUAUCCAGCCACAAUGAACCAGACCACCGUUCGAACGAUCUUUCUGGGUCGUAAAGGUGAUGGCAGCGGAGGCAUUGCCCAAAGGUACACGCAGUGUUCGUAUGGCAAAUUCAAUCUGAACACCACAGCCUUCAAGGUGAUUACCGCCAAAAGCACAGUACCAUGCACAGAUGUGGCUGUGAAGCAGUGUGCAGAUUGGCGGAUCGCUCAGGAUGGAGAUGCCCGAGCAAAGGCAGUGCUAGGGGAAAAGGAGUUUUCAAGCUUUACCCAUUAUGCAUACAUCAUCCCAGGGAACAUGUCCAACAGUCAGUGCGCCUGGAAGGGCCUGGCUUACUUGCCAGGGCAGCAAAUCUGGCUCAAGAGCACAACCUACAGCGUGAGCCGCUGGUCCACAGUCAUGCAGGAGGCCCUGCACAACUAUGGUGGUCUGUGGCAUUCCUGGGAGAAUGGCGUGGAGUAUGAGGAUUAUUCCACAGCUAUGGGCAGCGGAGUUGCCUGCCCCAACGCCCCCGAGUUGGCCUACCUUGACUGGGCCACACCCGCGCCAGGCGGCGACCGCAUUGACUCCAACUUAUUGCCAGCAGGCACCGCCCUCACCUUCAGUCUGCCCGCCACCUACUUAUCCCCAGACGGAAACUACCUCCGAAUUGUUCCUGACUGGCUGCCAUCGUACAGAACUAAUGUUGAUGCCAAGAACCUCUACAUUGCUGUACGGGUCAACAAGGGUGGUGACAGUUCAAUGACGUUAUACUACGCAAACAAGUUAAACAUCCAUGAAGUCAACGCUAUCAUGGUGCGUCAGUAUGUUUACAGUGACCGCAAGGUGUCCUUCGUCACUGCUGCCGCACCUCAAAGUCGGACAAACCUCACUGCAUACAAGCUUGUCGUGUACGGUGGAUCCUGGGUCAGCACGGACAUCCUCAGGAUACAUGUCUGUCGGUACCAGUCCUCGUUGACAGAAUGCCCCUCU